AUGGAAAUGGUUCUGCUUCUUUUGGCGUUGCUGAUGCUACUCACCUUAUCCAGUAACUAUGUGGAGGGAGAGCAAGAUCGAGAGGUGUUUUGUGGAGCUUGCAAGGCACUGGUCGAUGAGCUACUGUAUGACAUUAGGAAGGUGAAUCCGAAGAGGACCACUGACAUAGGGUCAUUCCGAAUAAGCCCUGACAGGACACAAGAGAGGACUAGGGUUCCUUUAGCAAAGUCAGAGACCUACUUAACGGAAGUAUUGGAAAAUAUAUGUGAUAGAAUGAAUGAUUACCAACUGCAAGUGGAUCCUCAAACCCAAAAAAGGACAUUCAAGAGAUUUGCUCGGAAAGAUGAGAAAAUCUAUGCAGAUUUUAAAAAAUUCUAUUUUUAUUCUGAUGCUUACAAACCUCUGAAAUUUGCGUGUGAAAAUAUUAUAGAAGAGUAUGAAGAUGAAAUGUUCUCACUUAUCGCCCAGGAGGCAGACUAUCUAGCUGACAAGCUGUGCAGUGAAAAAUCAGGUCUUUGUAAAGAAUCUGCUACUCACACUGAGCUAUAGCAUCGACUAAACUAUGAAUUUUACAGAGUGAAGUAAGAUGACAACCACAAAAAAAUCUUCCUGUGUAAUCAAAUAGUGAUUCUCUGCCCUUUUUGCCCCUGUAAUAUCUUUUGUUUUUUACAUUUAUAUUUUUAGAUGUGCAUCAAUUCCUGUUUGUUUAAUUUUUUUUAUGUUUUCAUAUUAAAAUAUUUAUACUGAAGUUUGCAUGGUUUUGGCAAGAUCUUAGGUUUAACAUGUAAUUAACUAUUGACCGAUUCUAUAGGUAAAACAAUUGACUUCUCAAGAUAUUCAUGGCAGGUAUGUUAAUUUUGACAAAACCAAUGUCUAAUCAUAAAAAAAAAUGUACUAUUUGAGUGUAAAAAAUUAUGGCUUUUGUUUAACUAAAACAAAUACUUAAUACAAUUUAAGAAACCUA